AUUUGCUUCUUAAUCUCAGCUCAACGUGGAAUAAACAGCAUGGAGUGUAAGCAGCGGUUGAAAUGGUUACUGCUUACAACGAUAUGUCCUCUUAUUGCAGGUGCUCCGUCCUCCAUGUCCAAACGAGACAAUUCGUGUCCCAAAGAGAAUCUAAACAUUACUGGAGGAAUCUUUGUUCUUUCUAAAGGCUAUUCACAUGGGAGUCUUCUAAAAUACAUCUGUCCGAAUGGAUAUUACCCGUCGGUUCAGUCACGUCUGUGUCAAGAUGGAAACUGGACCUCAAAGACCAAAAUCAGAAAAACCCCAGAGUGCAUAAAGAUCAAAUGUCCCAAUCCCCGUGUUUUCGAGAAUGGAGAGGUGAUUCCAUAUAAAGAAAAGUACUAUGUAAAUGACACAACCACCUACUCAUGUCAUUCCGAUUGUACAUUCCGUGGCUCAGAGGUCCGUGUUUGCAAGCCUAAUGGGAAGUGGAGUGGAAGCACACCAAUUUGUGAAUGUGACUCUGAUCACUGUCCUGAUCCUGGUGUUCCCCCUGGUAGCAGUCGUACAGGGAACAUUUUUAACAUAGACAACAAAGUCACGUACCGCUGUGAGAGUCCAUUGACCUUGAUUGGUUCCAAAGUGCGAGUGUGUCUGGAUGGAGGCCAGUGGUCAGGAACAGAGCCACAAUGUUACGCUGAUUUCACAUACGACACCCCAGAGGAAGCAUCAGAAGCUUUCAGCACUUCUCUAAAGUCAAGUCUAGCAGUUUCUCAACACUAUGAAAAAGGAGAUCAGCAGGGGAAGAAAAUAACUAUGGAUCAGAGUAGAAAACUUGAUAUUUACAUUGCUGUGGAUGCAUCUGGCAGCAUAGAUGUGAAGGAUUUUGAAAAUGCAAAAACCACCAUCAAAAUGCUUAUAGACAAGAUUAGUUAUUACUCGGUCUCCCCAAACUAUGAGAUCCUGAUAUUUGCCACGGACGUUACGCCGAUAAUCACUAUGAGGGAGUUCAAAAAUAAUGAAGAUGCAAGAAACCUAAUGAAUAUUUUUAAAGCGCUGGACGACUGUAAUUAUGAGAGUAAAGGUGAUAAAACAGGUACCAAUAUCGCCAAAGCCUAUUCAACCAUUUUAGACAGCAUGAAAAUAGAGGAGCUCAACAAUGCAACGACUUUCAGUGAGACCCAACACAUCGUCAUACUGUUCACUGAUGGUCAGGCAAACAUGGGGGGGAAUCCCAAACGUAAAGUGAACCAGAUCAAAUAUCUUUUCACCAAAAAUGAUCCAAUGCGAGAGAAGAAUCUUGAUCUUUAUGUAUUUGGAAUUGGAGAUGACGUGAAUCAAGAAGACAUAAAUGGCUUAGUGUCACAGAGGGACCAAGAAAAAUAUUUCUUUAAGCUUAAAGACUUGACAGAGGUGCAGGAGAUGUUUAACGACAUGAUUGAUGAGAGCACCAGUGUAGGAUUGUGUGGGAUUGUGUGGGAAGGCUUGCAAAAUAAACGCCGUGCAUUUCCCUGGUUGGCACAGAUUAAUAUUCAACAUACUUCUUCAAAAGGUUCCAAUUGCAUGGGGUCAUUAGUUUCCUCAAGUUACAUCUUGACAGCGGCUUCCUGCUUCAAAGAGGGAGACACACCUGAUAGGAUAAUAGUUCAACUGGAAAAAGACCUGAUUGUAAAAGUGAAACAUUUCACACUUCAUCCUGAAUAUAACCCCACAGCAAAACAGCAUAUGGGAAUACAGGAAUAUUACGAAUUUGAUGUAGCUCUUAUACAGCUGGUUACAGCUGUUGAGAUGAGUUUUAAUCUACGACCAAUCUGCAUCCCAUGCACUAGAGAAACAAAUGGAGCUCUGAAACUUUCAGAUAGUCAAGGGACUUGCAGAAAACAUGAGGAAAUACUAAUGAGCAACGAGCUUGUGGAAGCUGCUUUCACGUCUGAAAUGGAUACUGAUAAUUGUCCAAAAAACAUAAAAAACAUCACAAUCAAGCUUGGAAAAUAUCGGGAUGCUUGUGUUGAAGAUGCAAAAAAAGCAAAAGGAAUCAAUGUGAAAAAUGCCAGGGAAGCAGUUACAGACAAUUUUCUGUGCAGUGGUGGUAAUGAACCAAAAACAGAUGAUGUUGCCUGCAAAGGAGACUCAGGUGGGGCCACUUAUGUGAAUAAAAAAGGUCGAGUGAUUCAGGUUGGUGUCAUAAGCUGGGGAGUGAAGGACGUCUGCAAGGAAAAAAGGAGCUUCACUUCGGAUGCAGACUCCAGAGAUUACCAUUCAAAUCUUUUCAGUGAGAAGAUACUCUCAUUCCUUAAAAAACACCUAGAAAAUGACCGCAUAGGACAACCUCUUAAAUUCUUGUGAAUGCUUUAGCAGACUGAAACUGUGUGAGUGCAGUCUGAUAAAACACUGAUUUAUUUUCUGAUGAAUACUGAACUUGAAGUCAAAUAGCUGGUCUUUGAUAAAAAUAAUAAACAUCUAUUAUCAACAGUC